AUGACUAAAGGUUCUGCUCUCAAAGUACAGAGAACACGCGUAUACGACUCAACGUGUCCCGGACGCGCCGAGAAGAUAGCAGUGGCGGGCAAGACACUUCGAGUUCUGCGGAUGCUGUUCAGCGAUGACGACAGCGCUCACGUCCGAGGCAGCGUGCCGUGGAAAGACGUACUGAAGGCGUUUUACGAGCUCGACUUCACGGUCGUCAAGCUACGCGGCGGCUCAGCCUGGGGAUUCUCGAAGGGCAUCGUGAGCUUCACCUGUCACGAGCCUCAUCCUGAUGCCAACCUCGAUUUCUGGAAGGCGCGUAAACUGGGCCGGCGGUUGAAUCGGAGAUUUGGAUGGACGGUGGACACUUUUGUGCAGAAGCUAUAG